GGGAAACAUCUUAGGAUAAAAUCGCCAAUUUCAAUUUCACCCCCACCACCAAAACGUUCAUGGACAAAGAAGAUGGUGAUCAUCUCGGCACUCUAUCUCCUGCACCCUUUCCCUUCUAAAGAACAUUUUAUGUCAUUGUGAAUCUUGUGGACUGAUGGGAGUGCUGCCAUGUUCCGAUGUCCAAUAUGUUGGAGAAUCCAGCUGCCAUCAAAACAGGCCAAGGACAGCUUUUUCCUAUGGUGGAGAACCCAGCUCAACAGGGAAAACAAGUGAAAGUAUCAAACAGUACAUGUAUGGUGGAUGCCUCUGUGCCAAAGACUGAAGGUCCAAGUAGAGAUCUAGGGCGAAUAGGCAGUCUACAUGCUCCAGAAGGUGUUUACAGUGGAGUUUCAGAUUUUGAGGGGCAAGGAUCUAUUAACUUUCAUGAUUUUCAACAUGAUAAUAUGAAUGAGCAGAAAGAAAGUUCAGAACCUUGCACAACCUCUGAGAACUCCCAUCUGAUUGUGGAUAAAACUGAAGGUGCACUACAAAAUAGAAACUUGGAGGGAGAAUCUCAUCUUCCUGUGGCUGAAUGGCCAGAUCAACUUGGAACUGUAGCACUGUGGGUCAAGUGGAGAGGAAAGUGGCAGGCAGGUAUCAGAUGUGCAAGGGCUGACUGGCCAUUAUCAACUUUGAAAGCAAAGCCUACACACGAUAGGAAGAAGUAUAUCGUGGUGUUCUUUCCCCAGACUAGGAAUCAUUCUUGGGUAGAUACACUACUUGUCCGUUCCAUCUAUGAGUUCCCAGAGCCAAUUGCACAUAGGACACAUCACAUUGGGGUGGAAAUUGUCAAAGAUUUAACUACUCCACGCCGUUUUAUUAUGCAAAAACUUGCCAUUGCCAUGCUGAAUAUUAGUGACCAACUGCAUACUGAGGCUGUAAUAGAGAGUGCUCGAAAGGUAACAGCCUGGAAGGAAUUUGCUAUGGAGUCUUCCCGUUGCAAAGAUUAUCCAGAGCUUGGAAGGAUGCUUUUGAAGCUUCAGAGUAUGAUACUGCAGCACUUUAUAGAUUCUGGUUGGCUACAACAUUCUUUUGACCUUUGGGCACAUCGUUGUAGGAAUGCACAGAGUGCUGAAUCUGUUGAAACACUGAAGGAGGAACUAGUAGAGUCUGUAUUAUGGAAUGACGUUGAAGCGCUCUGGAAUGCACCUGUGCAGCCUGAGUUGGGUUCUGAGUGGAAGACCUGGAAGCAAGAAGUCAUGAAGUGGUUCUCAACUUCACACCCCAUAGCUGGUGUUGGAGACACAGAACAACAGAACAGUGAUGACUACCCAACAAUGGGUCCCCAAAGCAGCAGGAAAAGGCCCAAGCUUGAAGUCCGUCGUGCAGAUGUUCAUGCUUCCCAAUUGCAAGCUUUGACUUCGCAUGAUGUUCACCCUCAAGCUAACACGAUUGAGAUUGAUUCUUCAGUUUUCAAUAGCCAGGAUCUUGGAAAUACUAAAACAUUGGAGCCAGGGCGUCCUAAAGAGGGAGCAUUUACUGAGGGAACUGUUCCAAUAGAGUAUCAUGGUAGCAUGGCUGACCGAUGGGAUGAAAUUGAAGUUGAAGCUGAAAAUCCCGAGUUCAUCAGAAUGGCAGAAGUGGAAGGGACAAUUGUUGAUGGAGGGAGUAGUAGCAAACUGUUGGAUCCUGGGAAUAAAUUCCGCCAGUGCCUGGCUUUUAUUGAAGCUAAGGGAAGGCAGUGUGGGAGGUGGGCAAGUGAUGGUGAGGUUUACUGUUGUGUACACUUGGCCUCUCGUUCCAUCAGUAAAGCUACAAAGGAGGAACAAUCUCCACCUAUUGAUGCGCCAAUGUGUGAAGGCACCACUACUCAUGGUAUGAAAUGUAAGCAUCGGUCUCGAUAUGGCUCCCCAUUUUGCAAGAAACAUAAACUUCAGAAUGGUCAGUACUUGAUGAAUAUUGAAAGUUCAACUACAUCAGGGAAUAAGCAAGAGAGUGAGCACAGAGAGAAGAUUCCUGGCUCAGGAGCUGCAUAUGGGAAGGAAAUAAUUUUAGCAGAUCAAAACAAUGCAGUCUCGGUUAUGGAAGGAGGACCCCUAACACAGGGAGGACCCCUAACUGCGAAAAACAUCAUAAAUGUGAAAUCUGAGUUUCCCCAGUGCAUCGGUUCAUACCACACAAAUAGCGAAGAUCCUUGUCUUGAACGUGCAAAGCUGCAUUCAUUGUAUUGUGAAAAACAUAAACCAGCCUUUCUUAAACGGGCAAGGAAUGGUAAAAGCAGGAUAAUAUCAAAGGAAGUAUUUGUUGAUCUUCUGCGGAAUUGCAGCUCCCAUGAGCAAAAAUUACAUUUGCAUCAAGCCUGUGAGAUUCUUUAUGGUUACAUCAAGAAGGUCCUAUCCCGCCGAAACCCAGUUCCUAAGGAGGCCCAACUCCAGUUGAUCUUAUUUGAAGCUUCUAAAGAUUUAUAUGUUGGUGAAUGCCUUAAGAAAUUAGUUUACUUUGAAAAAGAGAAGCUCAAUAAGCUUUGGGGCUUUAAUGCAAAUGAAGAUAAGCCAGUUUCCCCUUCACGUGCAGAACAAAUAGUCCUGAAGCCUGUGGUCCAUGAAAACACCCACUACACUCAGAAGUCUGUUAAGUGCAAGAUCUGCACAGAGGAAUUUUGUGAUGGGGAAGCACUUGGAGCCCAUUGGAUGGGUGCUCACAAGAAAGAGGCACAAUGGUUGUUCAGAGGGUAUGCCUGUGCAAUCUGCAUGAAUUCAUUUACAAAUAGAAAAGUGCUAGAGACCCAUGUGACAGAGAGACAUGGGGUGCAAUUCUUAGAGCAGUGCAUACUUUCCCAGUGUAUACCUUGUGGUAGCCAUUUUGAGAAUCCCAAACUGUUAUGGUUGCAUGUCUUCUCUGUGCAUUCUGUGGAUUUUGGGCAACCAAGCAUUCCUGAACAUCAGAAUGUAUCUGCAGGUGAAGCUUCUCCUCCAAAGACCAAGCUAGGCAAUGAUGAUGGUGUGGUGAAUAACACCAAGAUUCAAGGUGGGCCCCGAAAGUUUAUUUGUCGGUUUUGCGGGUUGAAGUUUGAUCUCCUACCUGAUCUAGGUCGUCACCAUCAAGCUGCUCAUAUGAAUCCAAGUUCUAUAGGUCAACGUGCACUCAAGAAAGGGAUCCGUCUUGAACCUUAUAAACUAAAAUCAGGGAGACUUAGCCAUCCUAACUUUAAGAAAGGUCUCAGAGCAGCUUCAUAUAGAAUCAGGAACAGGGGAAAUUUGAAUAUGAAGAAACUCAUUCAGCCAUCAGGGUCAGUUAGCAACGGGGGGACAACAGUGCAGGCUCAGGUAAAUGAGACUGAAGGUCUUGGUAGAUUGGAAGAACCGCAGUGCUCGAUUGUUGCUAAGAUCUUGUUUGCUGGGAUUAAGAAAACAAAGCCCCUACCACAUAACCCUGAGAUUCUUUCUGUUGCUCGCUCAACUUGCUGCAGGGUAAGCCUCCAAGCCACACUGCAGGAGAAGUAUGGAGUACUACCUGAACGUUUGUAUCUGAAAGCGGCCAAACUCUGUAGUGAAUUUAAUAUUCAAGUGCAGUGGCAUAAAGAAGGGUUCAUCUGUCCUAAAGGAUGUAAACCAUUCACAAACUCUCAAUUUUCAUCACCCUUGAUGCCUCUCCCAAGUAAUUGUGUGGAACCCACAUCUACACUUUCUGUAAGUUCUAUAAAUAGUGAGGAGUGGGAAAUAGAUGAGUGCCACUACAUAAUUGAUUCUCAGCAUAUCAAAGCAAAACCCAUGAGAAAAGUGAUAGUCUUAUGCGAAGAUGUUAGCUUUGGGAGGGAAUCAGUCCCAGUAGCUUGUGUGGUGGAUGAGGAUCUUAUGGGUUUGGUCAACAUUGUAGAGGAAGGGUCUGCUCGGAAAAAUGCUGGCUGUCAGAUGCCUUGGGAGAGCUUUACCUAUGUCACUGAUCGGUUUCUUGAUCCAUCCCUAGGCCUUGACAUGGAGAGUUCACAGCUAGGAUGUGCUUGCCCGCAUUCAACAUGUUAUCCUGAAACAUGUGAUCAUGUGUAUCUCUUUGACAAUGAUUAUGAAAAUGCGGAGGACAUUUAUGGUAAAACAAUGCAUGGUAGAUUUCCAUAUGAUGAAAAAGGCCGGAUCAUUUUGGAGGAGGGCUACCUAGUCUAUGAGUGCAACUCCAUGUGCAGCUGCGACAAAACUUGUCAGAACAGGGUUUUGCAGAAUGGUGUUCAGGUCAAAUUGGAGGUCUUCAAGACAAAAAAUAAGGGUUGGGCAGUAAGAGCUGCUGAAGCAAUAUCACGUGGGACAUUUGUGUGCGAGUACAUUGGGGAGGUUUUAAAUGAUCAAGAGGCAAAUAGGAGGGGCGAGAGGUAUGACUCCGAAGGCUGCAGCUAUUUGUAUGACAUUGAUACGCAUAUUAACGACCUGAAUGGACUGACCGAAGGUGCUGUCCCUUAUGUGAUUGAUGCUACUAAAUAUGGGAAUGUUUCACGGUUCAUCAAUCACAGUUGCGCGCCAAACCUUGUAAAUUACCAAGUGCUAGUGGAGAGCAUGGAUUGCCAGCUUGCACAUAUUGGUCUCUACGCAAGUCGUGAUAUUGCAAUGGGAGAGGAGUUAGCUUAUGACUAUCGCUACAAGCUACUACCUGGAGGUGGUCGACCUUGCAAUUGUGGUGCUCCCAACUGCCGGGGUCGCUUAUACUGAGCUUAUGGACAGUUCCACCCAGAAGCAUAUUGGAGGUCUAGCUCUUCUGAUGCAACAUGAAAUUUGGUAUUAUUGCCAUCACAUUAUCAUAUCUGAAGUUGCAAAUUAAGUGGGAAAGUUUUUCAUGUUUAAGCAAAUAUAUCCAUCAUUCUUUGCCUUCAAUGGUCUCUCCA